UAAUAGAGCAAUAAGCUCGGGAAAAAUAAAAAAGAACAAUCCAAAAGAAAAACAAAAUCACAACGUCAGAAGCUCCCCUCUCUCGGCGGAGGCGACGGCGGCCGUGCACGGCGGUGGUUCACCUUCUACACUCCUCUCAUCUCGUAAGUCUUUCGGAUCUAUCGACGCGUAGAGAAACUCCCCUCCUCGCUCUUCAUGGGCAUAAGUAAAGAACCAUCUGUUUAUUGAAAUGAUUGAUCUGGCUGGUAAAUGUCUGCUGGGUUGUUCUUUGGAGGCAAUUCACUAAAUGCUACCAUCUUAUUAAGGGAAACUCUCCAGGAUAUGUGAAACUUGUCAAAAGCAGUAUGAGCAACAACAUAUUUGAUGGACAGUUGUUAGCCGAGAAGUUGUUGAAACUUAACAAUUCACAACAAAGCAUUGAAUCACUGUCCCAUUGGUGUAUUUCUCACCGGAAGAGAGCUAAAGAAAUAGUUGAAACUUGGGAUAAAUUGUUCAAUGCUUCCCAGAAAGAGCAGCGUAUCUCUUUUCUAUACUUGGCUAAUGACAUCUUGCAAAAUAGUAGGCGAAAGGGCAGUGAGUUUGUCAAUGAAUUCUGGAAAGUUCUCCCAGCAGCUCUCAGGCAUGUUUAUGAAAGUGGUGAUGAAAAUGGAAGGAAAGCAGUGACCAGACUAGUUGACAUAUGGGAAGAGAGGAAGGUUUUUGGUUCACGAGGUCAAGGUCUUAAGGAUGACGUAAUGGGCAAGAAUCCCCUUCCAUCUGCAAGCAAUGGAAAGAGUUCAAAUUCUAUCAAGACAGUGAAGAGGGAUGCCCACUCAGUGAGAAUAAAACUGGCUGUUGGGUGUUUGCCAGAGAAAAUACUAACAGCAUUUCAGCCUGUUCUUGAUGAACAUCUUAAUGAGAAAGAUGCUUUAAACAACUGCAGUGCUGCUGUGCGCGAAGUGGGUAAAGUUGUGGAAGAUGUUGAAAAUACAUUGGCUCAUGGAAACCAGUUGGAAUCUACUUUGGUGAAUGACUUACAGGAGCAGGAAAAAAAGCUUAAACAAUAUAUGGAGCAACUUGAAAAUGGGGAGGCUGCAAGGGCUUCAUUGCUUUCUCAGCUUAAACAUGCACUUCAGGAACAAGUACAGUUGUUUCUACAAGAAUCAAGGCAAGAGCUUGUUCACACCCAGUUGCUAGUUGCACGAGGCCAGAUCGAAAAAGUUGUUGGUAUCAGGAAGCAGCUUAACCAAGCAGCAGAAGCCACAGAUCCAUCUCAGCCUACUUCUGUUCAAUCUUCUGUAUCAUAUGCUCCUUUCCAAACUACUGAAGAUGAUAACAAGAAGGCAGCAGCAGCUGCCGUUGCUGCUAAGCUUGCUGCCUCUGCAUCCUCUGCCCAGAUGCUUACAUCCGUUCUUUCUUCUCUUGUUGCGGAAGAAGCUGCCUCCUUGAAUGGUAGCUUAAAUUCUACAGGAUUUUCAUCAGUAUUACCUAUUUUCAACCCAGAGAAAAGACCCAAACUUGAAAAACCAACGCCUGCUCAUGAUGUUAGCAAUUAUGAUAUGGCCAACUCUCCCUUUUAUGCCACUAUGCAACAGCCACCAGUGCCUAAUGUACCACUUACACUGCCAGUUGGCAUGCAAACCGUAUCUCAAGCCAAUCAAUUACAAGUUGCAUUUGCUUCACCUCCCCCUCCCCUGCCUCAUUCUUCGGCAUAUCAACCAUCAAACCAAUAUGUCCAAUCAACUGGUUUGAUGGCUGGGGGAAUUCCUUAUGGAUACGGGUCAAAUAGCCUGCCACCUCCACCUCCACCUCCUUUGCCUCCACACGUGACAAUAGGUUUAUCAAUGCCUGGCCCUCAACCAGCGCAGCAGCAACAGCAGUCUCCACCGGGAUUUUACAGGCCACCUGGCAUAGGGUUUUAUGGGCAAAGCCACCUAUCAACACCACCACCAGUACCUAGGCAGUGAGCAUUAUUUCAAGAUCAUCAGCCAACAUUGUUGCAAAACCUUGUAGCAUGUUCCUCUGGGAAAUUGCUGUGAAAGCUGAGGAUUUUCCAGCAGGCUGUGUAAUAAUGUAAAUUGUUAUAGAAUUAGAUGUGGCCAGAAUUCAUCUGUAGCCUUGUACAACCCUGCCCUUUUUUUUUUGCCUACUGCCUAAAGUCUGAGUGGUAGGUUUUGACAUCAUAAUGAUACUUGAGAUCUACUUCAGCAGUGUCAACUGUUAAAAGAAAGCACCUCGUUGGCCCUUAAAUAAUUCUGAAACAUCACGGAGCCUUUGUUAUGGUGCAUGUGGACAUCUUGUUUCUAUGAAGCUGCCUGUGGGGAUAAACAUUAGCAGAUGGUGUUAUUCCCCUCUUGAUGAAUUUUCAGAGCUUCACCUUGCUCACAAUCUGGGAGGUUGAAUGUUAAUGUAGAUUAAUACCAAUUGACAAAAUAUUGAUAUUUUUUACCUGCUAGUGUCUGGAUAGUGUGUUAGGAUCUUUAUUCAUGCAAGAGAAAUGCAAUGUAAUACACUCUUUUAAUAUUCUCUGCAUGAUACCCUCUGUCUUAUUAGGUGAAAUUCAUGUGAAUCUCACUAAAUAUGUUAGUCAAUUUUCCAUUUGGUGGAUCCCAUUUCUAAACUCGUGAGACUCAUGAAUUUCAACUAAUAGAAUAGAAUGUGUUAAAAAGAGAAUGUUAGAUAGUGUGCUUGUAGUCCUCUUUUUUAUACAGAGGCUUUUGAGGUUUUCUUUUGACGGAAAAACACUUAACCUCCGGGACAUAACAUCUGUUAGUUCUUUUAAAUAAACGUGAUCAUAGUUCGGAUCAUGAACUCACCUGAACUAUUGUUACAGAUAAAAUUAUGCGUUACAACUUACAAUAUGGAAGUUUCCGUGAAGUGACUGUUGAUUGAGAA